AUGGCUGGACAUGGCCAACAGUUUCCUGGAAACUUUCAGGCUAACGCUGCUGGCAUGAGAGCUGGAUUCGGCGGGGGCCCUUUGGGAGCGCAAAUGCAAACUAUGCCUAAUCAGCUAGCAGGAGUUAUGGGAGGACCAAUGGCUAAUACCAGUGGUAUGGUUGGCAUGGGUAAUCAAAUGGUACCACCAUAUGGAGCCACGAUGCAAAACCAAAUGGGAAAUAUGGGAAUGGGACCACAGGGUAUGGGAGUAGUAGGAGGAGGUCCUGGUGCGAGCAUAGGGCCCCAAAAUGUUCAACAAACAGGUAUGCAACCUGGUGGUGCUGUGGUAUCAGCAGGCGCCGCUCCACCUCCUGCUCAGCCUGCAGCGCCUCCACCUCCUCAGAACAAGGAAUUUAACACUGCUUCACUCUGCAAAUUUGGCCAAGAAACCGUUCAAGACAUUGUAAGCAGAACACAGGAUGUUUUUCAAACACUGAAAGCUAUACAACCUCCAAACGGUACACAGCACGGUGAGAAUGCCAGUAACGAUAAGAAGGCAAAGAUGCAGGAACAACUUCGUACCAUCAGAUUGCUGUUUAAAAGACUGAGGCUCAUCUAUGAAAAGUGUAACGAGACAUGUCAGGGAAUGGAAUAUACCCACAUGGAGAGUCUCAUACCGUUGAAGGAUGAAGCUGAAAAUAAGGCGCUGGACGAGAGACGGAACACGGAAUCGUAUAGAUUAGCUUUAGAAGAGAACAGGGAACUUACAGACCAGGUGGUGUUAAAAAACAAGCAGCUGAAAGAAGUGAUAACAAAUCUCAGGACUAUUAUUUGGGAAAUAAAUGUUAUGCUGACCAUGAGAAGAUCUUAA